CGCCACUAUCAUUCCUGUCGCGACUGCGCCAGCCCGUGAGCGCGCAAACGUGAGUCCGCGUCCGCUCUUCGGUUCCCUCUUCGGAGUUCCCUUGCCGGUUGAUCGCGCACCGGACCAUCUCUUUCGCAUUUCCCGCGAGUUUUCUUUCACGGCUAGUUUCAGUGCCGGUUCCGCGCGUUCUCCGGAAAUCGCGUGAGGACGAAUCCGUCCGGGAUUCGACUACCGUGAACGUGAACCGGUAAUAAUUGAUCGCCGUCAGUAUCGGUUUCUCGAUCUCGUUGAACAGUGGCAUGUACAUAGAGAAAGUAGCGAUUGAGAUCGAAGCCGACGUUUUUCUUUCCGCCCGCAGGCGACCCGUGUUUCGCUGGGAAAUGUGUCGUAUCACGUGCACCGAGCUCGCGCCAGUUCACCUGCCGCUUCUAAUGAAUGGAAUUGUUUAAACGAGCCACGACGAACGGAUGGCCUGAGCCUCGGAACAAAUCUCCAUGGAUCGUUCACGAAAAUCGGGGAAUGACCGGUCGCCGUGGAGCACCGUGGAAACGACGAGGCGCCGACGAUGCGCGUCACGGCGCGCGAACGUCACUGUCAAAAAUCUCGGAUCGAUUCUAGCUUUGACAAUGCUGACCGCGGCCAGCGUCUCCUGCAACCACGUGCCCGACAAGUAUCCCAUCGAGGUGUAUCACAUGCUGAGGGAGAAGACUCAGUUCGCGCUCGGACGAGACAACCGUAUAAGGGGAACCUGGGGGCCGUGGAGCACCUGGAGCGAGUGUUCAAGGACCUGUGGCACGGGGAUUCAAUCGCAGUCCCGAGAAUGCGUACCGUAUCAGCGGCUGUUGAGGAAGCGAAACAUUAUCUCGGAGAAAGGCACGAGCAAUUCCCGGCCUAUUUGCAUCGGCACAUACAAGCGAUACCACACGUGCAACACGCAGAAAUGUCCAAACUUCCCGGAGGAUUUGCGGGCCGAACAAUGUGCCAAGUACAACGGGAGGAGCUACAAGGGCGAGAGCUACGAUUGGGUUCCGUUCUUGGACGCUCCAAAUUCCUGCGUGCUGAAUUGCCGUGCGGUCGGCGAGCGUUUUUACGCAACGCUUGAACCGGCAGUAAUAGACGGCACACCCUGCGACGCUCCGAAUCUUCGUGGAUAUAAUACCGGAAUUUCUAUAGAACGCACAGACCGAUGGCUCUGUGUCGCCGGACAAUGCAAGCCCGUAGGUUGCGACGGUGUGGUAGGUUCUGGCGUCACGACGGACGCUUGUGGCGUCUGCGGUGGUCAGGGUAAAGGUUGUAGACUGUACGAGGGGAUUUUUAUGGAACCAAUGCUGCCGCGGGGUCAUCAACCCGUGACCACCAUCCCGAAAGGAGCUAUGUCUCUCAACAUUUCCGAGCUGAAAUUCAGCAGCAAUUUCUUAGCUCUGAGAGACAGCAACGGUAGUUACAUCCUGAACGGGCCGUCGGCUUACAGUCCAAGCGGCACUUAUAAAGCGGCUGGCACUACAUUAACAUACCAGAGGGGUGAUAGAAACCGUAUGGAGUGUAUCUUGGCGACCGGGCCGCUGAACGAUUCUUUGCAUUUAGAGAUUCUGACGCAGGAAAUGAACCCCGGAGUGCUUUACAAAUAUAUGAUGCCGUUGAAGGAGGCACCCAGCGGCAGGCCGUUAAUAGCACCGCCACUUUUGGCAACAGGAUCCAUCGAUCGUGGAAAUGAAAUUCCUGAUUCGGAUGCCCGUGUCGCACUAACAAUCCCCGCGAGCAGGAUAUCCACUAAUAAAGUCGAUUUGUCAUCGACGGUUCACGAUCGAGAUCGGACGUGGGCCCGUGACAGAGGUCGAAAAGAAGAAAUGAAGCAUUCGCCAACAACGGUAAUGGCUGGUGAUCAGCCGAAGUCGAAGAGCAAGAAGAAGAAACGAUUACGAUUCUCCUGGAAAAUGUUUGGUCUGACUCCUUGCUCCAAAGACUGCGGUGGAGGUGUUCAAACGGCGAUUUUAAAAUGCGUUCGCGAAACGAAUCAGAUGAUAGUAAACGAGAAACGUUGUCGCAACGUGGGAAGACCGCAGCAACCGGCUUCGUUGCGUUGCAACGUCAACCCUUGCCCUCCUAGAUGGAGAGCCGAACCGUGGGGCGAGUGCUCGGUUACCUGCGGAACCGGCACGAGGAUACGGACGCUGGAAUGCGUGCAGGAGUUGAACGCGAACUUAACGAUGCGAGUGGCCGCCGGUGCGUGUACGCAACUACCGGGCUUAAAAACCAUGGAAAGCUGUACGAAACCGAGUUGCACAAACGGCCCGGAAUUAAGGCACAUGCACUCGCACCACGACACGCCCAGAUGGGACGCCGGCGCCUGGUCCCCGUGCUCGGCGACGUGCGGAACGGGGGUCCAAAACCGAACAGUGACCUGCAUUACAUCGGGAAAGGCUUGUCCCGCGUCCGACAAACCAGAAUCUCAGAAAAUUUGCGAAUCCGUACCUUGUACGGGUAUCAGUCCGGAACAGCGAGCACCUUGGCUCUACUCAGAAUGGUCAUCUAAGUGCUCGAGCGAAUGCGGGAAAGGGGUGGAAACGAGGCAAGUGGCUUGCGCCGACGGCAGCGAGCUGUUCUGCAAUCCCAAAGACAGACCGGAAACGGAGAGGCAGUGUUUCGGAAGGGAAACGAGCUGCGAUAACGCGAAAUGGUUCACCGGCCCUUGGACAUUCUGUUCCGUGUCCUGCGGGCCGGGUGUUCAAUAUCGAGAGGUCAUUUGCAUCGCAAGGACAGAGAACGAAUUUGUCGUGUUACCGGAGAGCAAUUGCAACGACUCGAGGCCGGCGAACGAACAACCGUGUAGAACGAGUCCGUGCACACCGACAUGGUUUACCUCGGAGUGGUCGAAGUGCUCGGUGACGUGCGGCACCGGUUUACAAACCAGACUGGUUCGCUGCGUCCACCAGGGUGUCACCGAUUCGAAUUGCGAGGAAGCCGCGAGGCCGAGCGACCAACGACAAUGCGAUCUGGUCCCGUGUAAAAAAGACCAUACACCUUCGUCGAGCAAACCACCGAAGAAAGCUUUGGAAGCAUCGCCAGAGUGUGUCGAUACGCAAGACUGCGCGUUGGUCGUAAAGGCCGGGUUGUGCCGGAUAAAAUACUACAAAUAUACGUGUUGCCGGUGCCGCGAAUUCAAUUGAUAUGGUUUCAGGUAGGAACCAUUCGUAGCUACAUGUAUAUUAUAUAUAGUAUACAUAUAUAUAAAAAUUCGAACAGGUUUGUUCCUCGAUACGAGGACCUUGACGAACGAUAAGAUUAUUAGAAUGAGACGACCGCAUUACAUAUGUGUAACUUUAUUUAACGCGAUAAUCAGUCAUGUUCGCACAUAGCUUUAUUUCUUUUACGAGCUCUUACGCGAUAAAUAGUAGAACGACGAUUAUUUAAUUCUCUUAAAAACGUUAAGCAUAGCUGAAUCGACAACUCGGGGUAAAAAAGAAACCGUAGGGUUCUGUUAAGGAGAGGACAUCGUUUACACGAAACAGCAUGAUAUGUCUGUCUGUGUUCCAGAGAAUCGUAUCGUGUGGCAUGUGUGCACGCGUGUUACCUUUAUAGAUAACCUGUGUACGAACGGUCGUAGGGGCAUAAUUUCGUCAGUGCGUCGAAUUUUACAGCGGAUUAUCAUUGUUACGCUUCUAAAUAAGUAACGACCGCGAUUUCCAUGCGCGAGAUCUGCACGGCCUUGUGCCGGCAGUUAGAUAGGUAAACCUGCGAGCUUUUGCUUGGACGACGGCGGCGUGCCGUCGGCGCGAAACAGAAUAAAACGAGCUUCGGAGCGAGUUCUGUUCGGCUGUCUAGUACCGCCGCGGAAAAGGCGAGCAAAACGUGUCGAGCGAUACGGUUGCAUGUAUGUACAGCUCGGUAGGUAUUACUUCGAUAGGUAUAGGUUGUAUUAGUUGAGAAACAUUAUUUAUCCCGUCCGUAGGCCUGUACCGGGCUACGAUUGAUACGAGCCGCGGGUGAUUUCCGUUAUCGAGCGAUUUAAUUAACAUAUCGGGCCCGGCGCGACGCCGUGCCGAGUCUGAUUUACGAGGCUGACUUGUUAACAAAUUCAUCCACGACGAGGGCAACCCCGAACCGGAAAACCUUGUAUCCCUUCAGAGUUUCGUUCCUUUCUUGUUGUUCCGAGGAACAGGAUCGAUCGUUAGAAAAAUACUCCGUGCAUGUGCAUCGGACUCGAUAAUCCCAAGAAUAUCGACGCGUCCGUCUAUCCGUCGGUAGCUACGUAUAUGACGUCAUAGCUACAUACUCCAACAGCACUCAAUUUUGCAGCAAUGUUGCAAAAAUAUUGUAUAUAAUAUAAUAAUGCAAGAUCGCAAUAUUUCAAACAAUGUUGCUGCAGGAUUGCCACAAAUGAAUUUCUGAAAGUACAGAUGGUAUUUCUAUAAUUCCUUUACGUUAUAAUUGUGAUUACGAUUAUGAUCUUCUUUAUGAUUAAUUAUAUUAUAUAUUCCCAAUAAUAUCGAUAUAACAAUUACAUAAAAAUCGUGUGAGACAUUACUAUAAUGUUGCACUGCAACGUAUAAAUGCACUGUUGUUGGAAUGUUGUAGCAAUAUUAUACGACAAUUGCAAUGUAACAAUGUUGAAGAUACGUUGUUGCAAUAUUGAGUGCUGUUGGAGUACGUUCAUAUGUUGUCAACAGAUCUGCCUAUUCUGAAAUAUGCGAAAGUACCUAGUUGUAGCACAAUAAUAAUUACAGUAAUGAUAACGACUCAAAUGUACGCUUGUUUGUGUAGGUAGUAUAGUAAGUCGCUGUAUGUACACGGUAUACUUAGAAACGAAUUUAAUUCUCGACGUCCUAACGAAAAGUAGCAAAUAGGUCUUUCACGUUAAACGUUUAAGAUGCUAUGAUCAAUCGAUGCUGAGCAAAUCGCAUGUACAGAGGCCUGGCAUACGGACGUCGAUUAAGUUUAAAUAGAUGUCAUCUUCCAAGGAUUGACAGACAGCAGACCUCGCGAAAACUGCGUCGGCAAUCAAUUCUCGGUGUUAAUUAAAUUCCGGCUCGCCUUCUCGACGCCGACGAGAACUCUGUGUAUAAACACCGUAAAAUACAUACAUAUUUUGAACCGCUUUGUGUCCCUCAAAAAGCUGUUCUAAUUUCUGUUGCGAUCGCAAUUCGUUUCAAUAAACUUUCCGUUUCUUCUUG